AUGACGGGCCUGCGCCCCGCGGGCCCGCGCGACGCCGUGGGCAACGCCGAGUGCGGCUCGUCCUUCGACUCGCCCUACAGCGCCGGCGGCCUCUUCGUGAACCUGCGCACCUACGAGGGCUGCGGCGCCGACUUCGUCGCCGCCGACGCGGCCAAGAGCGGCUGCGCGCUCUACGCGCACCACGCCUGGCGCAAGGCGCCGCGCGCGGACGCCGCCGCGACCGAGGCCAAGGCCGCGCCGACGACGCUGGGCGUCGGCGUCGACGGCGGCUUCGAGGCCGAGGACGCCAAGUACGACGUCGUCAAGACCCGGAGCCUCGCCGUCGUCCGCGACGGCGCCGUGACCCUCGUGCCGCUGCCCGACGACGCCGUGCCCGACUUCAAUUUUGAAGUUUGGUCGGCAAAACCAGUUUUGCUCUCAGGCGCGGACGCGAACCGCGAGAACGCCUGGGCCCUCGCCGACGAGGAGCUCAAGGAGUCCAAGUACGCCGCGUCCCUCGUGCAGCUCUCGCCCGCCGAGGGCGGCCGGUCCGAGCCCCUGUCGCCCGACGCGGCGUCGUGGCGCUGCGAGGAGUCCGGCGCGGCGGAGAACCUGUGGCUCAACCUGUCGACGGGCUACGUCGGCGGCGGCCGCGACCAGAGCGCCUGGGGCGGGCCCAAGGGCUCCAACGGCGCGCUGCACCACUUCGAGGCCACGGGAAAAAAGUACCCGCUCGUCGUCAAGCUGGGCACGAUCUCCGCGACGGGCGCGGAGCUCUACUCCUACGCCGCCGACGAGGACGGCCCCGUCCUCGACGCCAAGCUCGCGGCGCACCUCAAGUUCUGGGGCAUCAACGCGCUGUCGCUCGAGAAGACGGAGAAGACGACGGCGGAGCUCGAGGUCGACGCGAACGCCAAGUUCGAGUGGUCCGCCAUCGCCGAGGCGGGCGCCAAGCUCGAGCCCCUCGCGGGCGUCGGGCUGCUGGGCCUCGUGAACCUGGGCAACUCGUGCUACCUCAACAGCGUCGCGCACCUCCUCGCGUCCGUGCCUGUGUGGAAUUCAAAUCUUCAACCCGACUUCAAUGUGCGCAUAUGCGACAGUUUCGACGCAAGCUCUUCGGCUAAGGACGACCACCUCGCCCAGUGCGCCAAGCUCGUCGGCGCGCUGCGGUCGCGGCGCUACGCGAAGCCCGCCGGCGCGCUCCGCGGCCCCGACGACGCGCCCGCGCUCCUCGGCGAGGCCGACGCGACGCGAGCCGAGGCGGGCAAGGUCGCGCCGCGCGCCUUCCGCCGCCUCUUCGGCCUGGGCCACGCCGAGUUCGCGACGCCGCGCCAGCAGGACGCGGCCGAGUACCUGCUCCACGUGCUCGACAAGGUCGAGUACGGGCCCUACGACCCGCUCCGCGCGAAGCCCACGCAGCAGCUCUUCGCGUUCGCCGUCGAGGAGAAGACGGUCUGCGGCCAGUCGGGCCUCGCGCGCUACGGCACGUCGAGCCACCUCGCCCUCGAGGUGCCCGUGCCCCGGGACCUCGUGCCCGAGCCGCCCGCGGAGUCGGAGCUCAAGCGCGCGAAGCUCGAGGGCGAGCCGCCGCGCGAGAAGCCCAAAGUGGCGCUGGACGCGUGCCUCGCGCGCUGGGCCGCCGACGAGACCAUCGGCGACUUCCUGUCGUCGGCGACGGGCGCCCGCGGCGCGGCGACGCGCACCGCGCGGCUCAAGACGUGCCCGCGCUACCUGCUCCUCAAGGUGAACCGCUACUACGUGUCGCAGACCUGGGAGGCGAAGAAGAUGGACGUGCUCGUCGACGUGCCGCGGACCUUGGAUCUAUCCUUCCUGCGCGCGCCGGCGGAGCGGCCCUCGGGCGAGGGCCUGCUGCCCGACGACGACGAAGGCCCCGCGGCCGCGGCGCCCGCCGCGCUCGUGCCCGACGAGGCCAUCCUCGCGCAGCUCCUGUCCAUGGGCUUCGACGAGAACGGCUGCAAGCGCGCCUGCGUCGCGACGAAGAACGCGGGCGCCGAGGCGGCGACGGAGUGGGUCUUCAGCCACAUGGGCGACCCCGACUUCGCUCUACCGCUCGACGCCGCGCCGGCCGCGGGCGGCGACGCGGUCGACCCGGCGGCCGUCGAGCAGCUGAGCGCCAUGGGCUUCACGGCGCGCCAGGCCGAGGGCGCCCUCAAGGCCUGCGACGGCAGCACGGAGCGCGCGGCGGACUGGAUCUUCUCCCACAUGGACGACCUCGACGGCGCCGUGGAGGCCGCGCUCGCCGCGCCCGCGGGCGGCGCGCCCGCGCCCCCCGCGCCGGGCGCCGACGACAUGGACGACGGCGACGCGGUCUACGAGCUCAAGGGCCUCGUCUCCCACAUCGGCGCGAACACGGCCUGCGGCCACUACGUCGCCCACCUCCGCGACGCGGACGGCAACUUCGUCAUCUUCGACGACGAGAAGGUCGCCAAGUCCGAGAACCCGCCGCUCAUGCUCGGCUACGUCUACCUCUACGCGCGCAAAUGA